GAAAAAAUGUCCGAACGUAAAGUAUUAAAUAAAUAUUAUCCGCCGGAUUUCGAUCCGUCGAAAAUUCCGCGCAUGAAAUUGGCGCGUAAUCGACAAUAUACGGUUCGUUUGAUGGCACCUUUCAACAUGAGAUGUAAAACUUGCGGAGAAUACAUUUACAAAGGGAAAAAGUUUAAUGCACGUAAAGAGGACGUAGAAGGGGAUGAUUAUUUAGGAAUACGUAUUUACAGAUUUUAUAUCAAAUGUACACGUUGUUUGCAAGAGAUAUCAUUUAAAACUGAUCCUAAGAAUACGGAUUAUGAAAUUGAAGCUGGUGCAACGAGAAAUUUUAUGGCAUUGAAAUUAGCAGAGGAACAAGCACAAAGAGAGGAAGAUGAAGAAAAAGAAGAAGAAGCUACCAAUCCGAUGAAACUUUUGGAAAAAAGGACGCAACAAUCUAAACAAGAGUUAGAAUUAUUGGAAUCGUUGGAAGAAUUAAAAGACCUCAAUCGACGUUUAUUGCAAUCGAUUGAUUUUGAAGAAAUGAUAGGACAAUUUAAUACGAGUAAAGAGAAGGUAGAGAAAGAACAAGAGGAAUUGGAUGAACAAUACAUUAAAUCGGUAUUUGGUAAUAAAAAUCAAAAAGGUGUUGUCGUUGAAGAAGAAAUUGUGGAAUUGGAUGAAUGUGGUCCUCCCAAAAAAAUGUUAAAAACAAAAAUGAAAGAUAAACAUAGUAAUAAUUUAGAUUCAAGAUUGGACGAUGCAGAAUCUAAAGAAAUUAACGAUAAUAAUUUAUCGGGACCAUCUACAAGUACGUGUACAACUGCCAAAAGUUCAGUAUUUUCAAAUGAUACCAAGGCAUCGUUUAAUAAAAAGAAUUUAACUCUUGUUAAAAAGAAAGUCAAUUUAGGUGUUAAAAUUAAUCAAAGUAAUAAUAAUAAUAAUAGUAAUAAUAAUAAUAAUAAUGAGAAAAAUAAUGUUUCAAUGAAAACUGUUAAGUUGCCGGAAGUUAAUACAGAAACGGUUAAUAAUGUUAGUGAAAAUACAGUGCCUAGUUCCAGUAACGUUGGAAAUAGUCUUUCUUUAUUAACAGAAUAUUCCGACAGUAGUGACAACGACAGUAAUUAAUGCAAGUAAUAUCAAUUAAUUGCAUUUAAGAUAAAUUAAGACUUUCAUAAUAUAAAUAUAUAUUGUACAAAGUAAA